ACCGAUUUAUUGCGUAGAGAUUAGUGGCGUGACUGCUGAGGACUCCACGUGCGCUUCAUCCGAAGGUGCUUACAAAGCUGUUCAGCACAGGCGCAAGAACCUGCAUCGCUUACUUAUCGCUUACCACAGCUUUAAGCACCGCCGCUACUGGACGUGUUCUGCUGCUUCCGUCGGCGUCGAAGCUUGUGGCGCAUCGACAUUUGCCUACAUUUGGCGUGCUAGCUCUAUCGCAACGCCAGCUUACUUGCAAUUGUAUAUUGACAACUUCUUAAAGUUUCUGAUAAAGCCCUGUAGCACAUCAUGGUGAAGAACCUCCAUGUCGUCAUCCUAGCUGGCGGCUACUCGCCCGAAAUCGCGCGCGGCGCGGUCUCCGGACCGCACCACCCGCCCGGCAGUGCGCUCGCCGCGGCUGCCUCCUCCGCCGGGGGUGUCGCCGUCCCCGCGCUGCUGCCGCUGGAUGGGGUUCCCGCGCUCGUACGGCUGCUGCGUGCCAUACAGUCCGCCCGCCGUGUGCAGCUGGAGGCGGUGUGGGUGGUGCACAACCAGUCGGAUGCGGCCGCCAUCAAGGGAGCCGGGGGCCUCUUCUCCGCAUCACCCGCAUCCGAUGUGGGUCUGCCCGCCCUCAACUUCCUGAGUAACGCCGCGCUCGGCCCCUCGUCGUGGGCCGGGGAGGUGGCGGACCUGCGCACCGCGCUGGCGGCCAUCCGGGGGGCAGCAGCGGGGGGCAAGGGAGCAGGGGCAGGGGCAGCAGCGGGGGGGCCGUGUGUGGUGGCACUGUCGGCGCAGAUUGCCUUCAUGCCCAACUACAACAUGCAGCGCCUGUUCGAGCACGCCUACCUGCGCGGGAGGGACGUGCUGGGCAGUAGCCUGCUCAACGGGGUGGACCUGGCGGUGCUGGGGGAGGAGGGCUACACCAGGGUGGUUCCGGGCGACGACUCCGCGCUACCCCGCAUCGCGGAGCUGCAGCCACGUGCCUCGGGCAGCGAGGCUAUGAUGGUUGCGGAGUCCUUCAUGUGCCUGCGCCCCGAAACCGUGAUCGCCGUGGCUGCGGGUGCGGGCGGGGCCGCUGCCAGCCUGCCGGAUCUGGCUGGUGCGCUGAUCGGGGCGGGGGGCUACGUGGCCGCACUCGACCUGAUGUUCGGGCGCUACAACCUGCGCAGCGCGAGGGCGGUGGAGUAUGUGGACAAGUUCUUCUCCUUCUGCGCCACCGCCGCCCGCAACCCCUCCCUGGUGGGUCUCAAGCCGGAUGCCGUACUGCAACCCUACCACAACAACGGUAACGGUAGCGCCAACCACCAACUGCCCGAGGUACCGGCGGCUGGAUCCUUCAUCGGUCGCAGUACGGCAGCCAACUUCCGGUUUGACGAGCUGCAGGAGGGAGGUCUGGCGUCCUCACCUUCCGCCCGGACCGGCAGGAUCGGCCCCGCCACUGCCACCUCCCCCACCUCCCCCGCCUCCCUGGAAGCCGCCCUACGCGGCUCCGACUACGAGGCCUUCGUGCGCUGCUCCUCCGCCUUCAACGACCUUUUCUUUGGGAGCAGCAGCGAGGGGGGUGCUGCAGGCGAGGGCGGCCGGCAGCCCGAGGUGCUGCCCCCCGCAGCCAUCAUGGGGGCGGCGGGGGUGAUGAACCUGUCGGGGCGUGGGUUUGGCACGGUGGCGGGCGGGGGCACCUGGAGCAGCGGGGGCGGCGGAUUGAAGCAGUACCUGCUGCCACCCACCUUCUACAUGACUGCGUACCGGCGGCAAGGAGCGGACAUGAUGUGGUGAGGGGCGGCGGACUGAGGCGCGGAGAGCCCCCCAUGCGGACCUGAGCACCAGCAGCAGCAGCAGGGGGGCCGUGCCGAGGUGGGGGUGGGGGUGUGUGGUGUGAGGCAGGGGAGGAAAAGGAGGAGGUGGGGGGGGGGCACGGUGCGGAGGGGCGGCAUGCAUGGGCACUGCAUGAGAGGAGCGCGCCUAGCGGCGUGUCCCGGAAGACGAUGGCCCUUUGUUCGCAGCGUACUGCUGCUGCUGGUCUUCACAGCAGUGGUAGAGGCAAGCAAGUGUCGUACCUGCGUGCUGCGAGGUGACAUUCUGGCGUGACGUGACGAGCAGGAUCAGCCGGGUCUGCAGCCUCUGAGAGAGGGAGGCUUUGUGUGGGGAGGGGGGUGCCCCCUGGUUAGGACUUGCUGUGUGGGGGACCUGCAAUGGGAGGGUGGGUGGGUGGGUGGAGGGAUAAGACGGGCCAUGUUAGGGUGAGUGGUUGGGUGGGUGGGACCUUGUCAUUUCCUACAUGCGGGCGCGCCAAAGGCCUCUUUGUGUCGUUGGUUCGAGGUUACGACUAUUUGCAUGGGGUGAAAUACACACACGUAGCGAUUUGGGCUGUGCGAUCUGGGGACGUUUCCCCGCACACCUACUGUAUUCACCCGUGUAGCGACCAGCGUGUGUGUGUGGCGGUAACCGACCGGUGCCAUGCGCACGGUCCUGCUAGGAGGACGGUGACAGUGCAAUGCUUGUACCGGUACUAACAAAACUGGCCGAGAGGAGGAACGUACCAUUGUGCGUGCGUGUGUGUUUGGAGCGUGUAUGUCGCUCGUGUGGUAUACAGCACCGGUAUACAUGGGGAAGAUGGAGUUGGUUGAGGGGAAUAUGCAUGGGGAGGGGUUGCGCUGUACGGCCGUGCAUGUAUUACCAAGUCCACAUUUUAGAACAUUCGACCUAUCGGCAUUUGCACGACGGAUUUGAACGCAGGAGGUACUAAAAACCUCUCCUUGUGUAUUUUACGGCGCCGCUUGCCUUCGGUGUCAAUGCCAGGAUAGCGCAGUAAGCUCUUGGCGUUCAGUAAGUUAUGAACGGAGGGGCGCCAUUGCUGUGGAAUGCGCCUUGCGACCCACGGGUCGCUGACGGAUGCUUACUAUUAAAACCCCAUGUCUCUGCCUGAUAUCCGGUACCGUGAACUCCUUCGAUGGUGGCCACCGGUAUACUUCCGCCUGCAGGUUGCCGCACCCUUAAUGAC